UGCAUACCUUUACAUUUGGCAAAGUAAGGCCUUGUAUCGACAUUUUAAGAUAUAAAGUGACGAGACUAACCUUUCUAUUGAAAGAUCUAAUCAAUUCUUUACAAAGUUACUAAGAUGUCUAUCAAAAUGUUUCUCUGUUUGAUGGUUCACUGUGUCAUCAUCGCGGUGACACUUAGCCAGAACCCGUGCCCGUUCACCCACAGCGGACCAAUAGCCAACCGUCUCCAGACACUCAUCGACGAAAACGACGCAGACAAGGAUGGCAACGUCACCGGCGCGGAGAUCAAAGCCGACCUGACGAAACGCUACGACUUCAACAACGACAGCUGCGUCACGCUGGACGAGUGGACGGACGCCUGGGAGUUCCUCAAGUUCUCCGCGGAGUUCGCCACCCAGAGAUUCCAAGACAUCGGCGGUAACUCCAGCAGCAGCUGUCCCAUCGACGUCGACGGUUUCGAUGGCGCAGUUAUCCCCCUGGACGUGUUUGUCAACGGGAAUAUCCAGUCGUUGAUUGACAUGUGCGAGGCUGACCGCACCAGGUACCACUCCAUCUGCGACUGCUUCCAGCUACAGCACCAGCUGUGUCAGGAUGCGUACUUCACCACCUUCAACGCCUGUCAGAAAUACACGGCUACUGUUGUCGUUGGUUAGGGAAUCAACUAUCUUCUAGUUUCGUCAGAAUAUAAAGUUUUUUUUAUUGUUUACGGUUAAGCGUGUAAAAAAAACAAACUCAAAAACAUACUAUUUUUUUCUAUUUUCUUGAAACAGUUUGUGUGUAUUUAAAUGUUUAUUGUCUGUACUUACACAUUGGUGAUGAUUUUUCCCUGUUAGAUUAAGUUAUCAUUUAAUAUUCUUACCUAUACAUUUUUAUGUUGCCUUACUUGAGGUCUAGAGGUUCCCAAAGUUUUCGGACUACUGAGAUCAUAAAAAAAUAUGGGUCUUUAAAAGAUCUACAGGAAUUAGUAGGCUUAUAUUUGUAUGCAUGUUAAAUUUGUUAUCAAACAAUAUUAUUCAUACAUUUGUUUCAUAUUUGAUUAGCAAUCAGUAUACUGUAUACAAUUAUGCAUUCGAUACUCGUGUUUCGCUCUUCUUUCGUCUACCGUACUGUAAAUAGUUCGGUGAAUUUUAUAUCCACGAAGUAUAGAUGUUCAUAAAAUAGCAAGACGGAUUUUUUUGUUUUGUUUUUUUGUAAUCGACAAUAUAUUGUAAUCGAUACUUUUCUUAAAUAUAAUAAUAUAUAAACAAAAAAUGUAGUGUUGACAGAACCUUGUAUGGCCUACUCUUACUUUGGCUUGGGAGGUCGACCAUUGAGUAUUUAUCUGUAUGCCUUUUUUAUCCCACAACCCCUAAAUUCUCUCGAUGCUCUUAUAGUCCACCCUCCUUGGUUUAUUCCAGUAUCUACUUUGGGAACCUUUGCUCUAGACCAACAUGAAAUGUAAAUAAAUGAUCUGCAGUUAAAAUC